GUUAUUCUUCGCUUCACUUCCGUUCAGCUUUGCGUCGCUGUUUGUCUCGUGCGGCUACCCGUCCGCAUACGAAUCUAGCCCGGGAACUAAGAGUUGCAGUGGGUUAUGUGCUGUCACCGGCCAGCAGUUUGCUGACUCGAGACGUCCUCCGGACCGACAAGAUGUGCUCCCUGGCGUUGUUCCCGCCGCCACCGCCUAGGGGUCAAGUCACUCUAUAUGAGCACAAUAACGAGCUGGUGACGGGCAACAGCUAUGAGAGCCCGCCUCCCGACUUCCGGGGCCAGUGGAUCAAUCUUCCUGUCCUACACCUGGCCAAGGAUCCUCUAAAGACCCCUGGGAGGCUGGACCAUGGCACAAGGACUGCCUUCAUCCAUCACCGGGAGCAAGUGUGGAAGAGGUGCAUCAACAUUUGGUGUGAUAUGGGCCUUUUUGGGGUGCUGAAUGAAAUUGCAAACUCAGAGGAGGAAGUGUUUGAGUGGGUGAAGACGGCAUCCAGCUGGGCCCUGGCACUCUGUCGAUGGGCCUCCUCCCUCCAUGGGUCCCUGUUCCCCCAUCUGUCUCUCAGGAGUGAAGAUCUGAUUGCUGAAUUUGCCCAAGUCACAAAUUGGUCCAGCUGCUGCUUGCGUGUCUUUGUGUGGCACCCCCACACCAACAAGUUUGCGGUAGCCCUGCUAGAUGACUCAAUCCGAGUGUAUAAUGCCAACAGCACUAUAGUACCCUCCUUGAAACACCGGCUGCAGCGAAAUGUGUCGGCUCUGGCCUGGAAGCCCCUCAGUGCCUCUGUUUUGGCUGUGGCCUGCCAGAGCUGCAUUCUCAUCUGGACCCUGGACCCUACCUCCUUGUCUACCCGACGGCAGCCCAUGGUAUGGGAUGUCUCAACCGAGACCUGUGUUCCCCUUCCCUGGUUUCGAGGAGGUGGGGUUACCAACCUGCUCUGGUCCCCAGAUGGCAGCAAAGUUCUGGCUACCACUCCUUCAGCUGUCUUUCGAGUCUGGGAGACCCAGAUGUGGACUUGUGAGAGAUGGCCUACUUUGUCAGGGCGCUGUCAGACUGGCUGCUGGAGCCCAGAUGGAAACCGACUGCUGUUCACUGUUUUGGGGGAGCCACUGAUUUACUCCUUGUCAUUCCCAGAACGUUGUGGUGAGGGGAAGGGGUGUGUUGGAGGUGCAAAGACAGCAACAAUUGUGGCAGAUCUGUCUGAGACAACAAUACCGACACCAGAUGGUGAGGAGAGACUUGGGGGAGAGGUCCACUCCAUGGUCUGGGACCCCAGUGGGGAACGUCUGGCUGUGCUCAUGAAAGGAAAUGCAAGGGUACAGGAUGGUAAACCAGUCAUUCUCCUUUUCCGCACUCGAAAUAGCCCUGUGUUUGAGCUUCUUCCUUGUGGCAUUAUCCAGGGGGAGCCAGGAGCCCAGGCCCAGCUCAUCACUUUCCAUCCUUCCUUCAACAAAGGGGCCCUGCUCAGUGUGUGCUGGUCCACAGGCCGAAUUACCCACAUCCCUCUGUAUUUUGUUAAUGCUCAGUUUCCACGUUUUAGCCCAGUGCUUGGCCGGGCUCAAGAGCCCCCAGCUGGGGGUGGAAGCUCUACUCAUGACCUGCCCCUCUUUACUGAAACAUCCCUAAUCUCUGCCCCCUGGGACUCUCUCCCAGGGCCCCCACCUGCUCGGCCCCAUUCCUCUCAUCCCCAUACCCAAUAAUAAAAAAUGUCUUGUUUUCCACUCAA